GUUGUACUGGAGUUCCAGCGUCCCGUUAGGUGGAAAACAAUCACCGCCAUCUAGUGAGCAUCACAGACAGUCUGUAACCACUGAGGGCAGAAAGAGCAGGAAUAAAAGCUGAUCCUUGUUUUGCGUUUCAUCUUUGUCAAACGGAGUCAUCAUGAACUGUGUUUUCAUCUGCCUGCUGUGUGGAUUGUCGUGUUGUGUUCUUGCAAAAGAUAAAGAACUAAAGGGAAAGUACAGUGCCCCUAUCCUGGAUGUGAAAACUAGAGAGCUGGUUUUAGAGGCUAAACAAGUACUGCUGCUCAACUGCAGGGGCCGCUGGGAGCUGUCGUGGGCUUUCCCAGCAGGUUUGGCACAGAAUCAGGUGUGGGUGGAGGAAUCCCGUUGUGGAAGGAUGGGCCAGCAGUACUGCAGCCACCUGAGAGUCAACAGCACUCAGGCCGAGCACACCGGACUGUUCCGCUGCCGGUACCGACACCGAACCAGAAGACAGGCCACUGUUUAUGUCUAUAUCACUGACAGCCAGAGGCCAUUUGUGGAAGUGGAGGGUUCAAGACCAGAUGUGCUGUACAUGAAGGACAGGCAGCCGCUGGUCAUCCCCUGUCGGGUCACCCACCCUAACAUCAGCGCCACACUGGUGAAGUACCCCAACCACAAACUGAACCCACGUCAGUGGGACAUCACCUGGAACAGCAGACAAGGCUUCACCAUCAAGAGUCCAAAUCUGUCUUACAUCGGCCUCUUUUUCUGCCAAACCACCAUUGAAGGAGUCACACACAGCUCAUACUUUUACUUCAUACACCGACUAGUGAGUGUCAUCACAGAAGUGUAUCUGAACAGCACUGGACCUGUUCAGGCCCUGAAGGGGGAGAAACUGGCUCUGAACUGCACAGCCACUGGGGAGUUAAACACCAGAGUAGAUAUCACAUGGGACUAUCCAGGAAAGAACACCAGCAGCAGCUCCAUUUCCAAGAGGAUCCUACGAUACAGAAAACAUGUGCUGUUUUACAGCAUCCUCACCAUCUCAAAGCUGCAGCGCUCCGACAGAGGCUUGUACACAUGUCGUGUGAACAGCGGGGAAAUGGUCAAACAGCAGAACGUCACCGUAAAUGUCUUUGAUCACCCGUUCAUCCGUCUGAAGCCCAGAAAUGGAUGUGUGAUUAAAGCACAAGCAGGACAGAAAUCUUACCGGAUUUCUGCCAAACUCAGAGCCUUUCCCACCCCGGACGUUCUGUGGUUAAAGGAUGGCAUGGUGGCAGCAGAGAAGUGCUCACGCUACCACGUGGAAGGGAAUUCCCUGGUGAUCCGGAAUGUGGCAGAGGAGGAUGCAGGGAAAUACACCAUCCUGGUAGCAAUCCAAGAACACGGGCUGUAUCAGAAUCUCACACUCACGCUCGUGGUUAAUGUGAGUCCUCAGAUAGGAGAGAAAACGGUGUCGUUACAGGAGCCGGGUUUUGUCCCACGGGGGAGCAGACAAGCCCUGCACUGCACAUCCCAUGGAGUCCCUCCUCCACACAUCCAGUGGCUCUGGCAUCCGUGCCCACCUAAAGGCCUGUGCAUCUCUCCAAAGUCCCCAUUGCUGUGGAGCCCUAUUACAGAGAGAGUCUCCACGACAUCCUCACACAACCGCAUCCUGAGUGUUAUUUGCAGACAGGAAGUGCUUCAGGGGAAGAAUAAGACGGUGGGCGUUCUGACGGUGGCAGAGGCUGCUGUAUCUGGAGUGUACCGUUGUGUCGCGUCCAACUCUGUAGGCGCAGAUCAACUGGACAUCGGCUUCUACAUCACAGAUGUCCCAGGGGGCUUCAGUGUAAGCCAGAGGGAGGAGCCUAUAGAGGGGAGGGACCUCCACCUCACCUGUGCAGCCAAUAAGUACCUGUACACAGCGCUGUCAUGGCAACAGGCGAAUGGCACCGAGGACGCCCAGUCUAUGAGUCCUACUCUGACUAGUCAGCUCAGAUCAGGGUUGUUCUCCACUUCUCUGGUGCUGUUGCUUAGCAACCUGACAGCCAAAGAUUCUGGAACCUACCGCUGCUCCUGUCGCCACACCAUCACAGGACAUGAGACGCACCUGGACACACAGGUGGUAAUCAAAGUUUUGGAGCCUCCAGUGCUGCUGAACAAUUUGACAGACUGCACCGUCAAUGUCAGCAGCUCAGUGAGCCUCAGUUGUCCUUCCCGCGGCAUCCCGAUGCCAACCAUCUCAUGGUACAAGAAUAAAUACCCCCUGCUGCAGGAUUCAGGUAUUGUCAUCACACCAGAAGAUGGGACGCUUCAUAUUGACCGAGUCACAGCGGAGGAUCAGGGUCUGUACACAUGCCAGGCUACCAAUGAAAAGGGCUCUGCAGAGAGUUCUGCCUAUGUAUGGGUCAACAGUGUCUCCGAAGGUUCUUUUCCAGAAAUUCCCACUCUUGCCUGUACCUCUGUGGUAGCUGCUUUCUUCUGGUUUUUGCUCACACUCCUCAUACGGAAACUGAAACAACCCAACUGUUCCAACACCAAGCCCGAGUACCUGUCAAUCAUUCUUGACACAGGAGAGGGACCAAUAGAGCAGCAGUGUGAUAGACUGCAGUACGAUUCCAACCAAUGGGAGUUCCCCAGGGAGCGGCUCAGAAUUGGGAAACCUUUGGGUUGCGGCGCCUUUGGCAAGGUCAUGCAGGCCACAGCAUUUGCUAUCGAUGGCGCCACCAGCUGCAGCACUGUGGCUGUGAAGAUGCUCAAAGAUGGAGCUACAGCCAGCGAGUACAAAGCUCUAAUGACUGAAUUGAAGAUCCUCAACCACAUUGGGCACCACCUGAAUGUAGUCAACCUGCUGGGAGCCUGUACCAAAGCAGGAGGGCCGCUGAUGGUCAUCGUUGAGUACUGUCGCUAUGGAAAUUUAUCUACUUUCCUAAAGAACAACAGAGAAAUAUUCAUGCAAGACCGGCUGACUGGAGGAAAGAACGGAGAGAUUAUGUCUUUGGGCUUCAUGUCUGACACUCAGAACAGCAUUAGGGACCAAAAAAAGAAUGCCAUUGAACCCAAACCUACCUCCAACUUUCUGUUAUUCCUGGAGGAUCUCAUCUCCUUCAGCUUCCAGUCGGCACGAGGAAUGGAGUUUCUGGCCUCUCGCAAGUGUAUCCACAGAGAUCUGGCAGCCAGGAACAUUCUACUGUCUGACAAUAAGGUUGUGAAGAUCUGUGACUUUGGCCUGGCCAGAGACAUUUACAAAGACCCGGAUUAUGUUCGCAAAGGAGAUGCCCGUCUCCCUCUCAAGUGGAUGUCUCCAGAGUCCAUCUUUGACAAGGUGUUCACAACCCAGAGUGACGUCUGGUCCUACGGCAUUCUACUGUGGGAGAUCUUCUCUUUGGGAGCUUCGCCAUAUCCUGGUCUUCACAUCAAUGAGGAGUUCUGUCAUAGGCUGAAGUCUGGAACAAGGAUGCAAGCACCAGAGUACAGCACACCUGAGAUUUACAGCAUGAUGCUGGCAUGUUGGGAGGCCAAACCCUGUGACCGCCCCACCUUCUCGCAGCUGGUGGAGACUCUCGGAGACCUGCUCCAGGCAAGGGUGCAGCAGAAGGGGAAGGAUUAUAUUCCGCUGGGAUCCAUCGUAAACGCACACAACAGUGCAGGAAACCCGAUUGCAGUCACCAAUCUGAGUUAUAUGAGGGAUGUGGCCUCCCUGCAGACUUUUGAGGAACCGAGCAGCCCCGAUAAUGAGCAGAGCGACAGCGGCAUGGUCCUGCCAUCAGACGAGCUGAAACAUCUGAUGUGGAAUAACAGCUCCAAAAACAACAAACUCAGCAGGAUCUUGACCUUCUCAAAGCGCCAGGAAAGCCGGGAGCCCUUCAUAUGUAGUGACACCCCAGGUUGCUGUGACAACCAACCAUCCAUUCUCCCAUGUGACUGCGAGUCUGAUGAGGGGAGUUCUCCUCCUCCCGACUACAGCUCAGCUUUCCUCUACCCCUCAUUCUAGCAUUCUUUUUAACUGUGCACCAGGUGUAUAUUUUCUGCUCUGAAAAAAAGUGGUUUUAAAAUCUGCAGCCAAGCAGUAAAAACAAAAAACACAAAGAUCAAUUGUCAAAGCUCACUGCACUAGAGGUUUUCAGUAUCAUCUUUCAAUUCCACGCAAAACUCCUUCCACAUAACAGCCAGAAUUUUUGUAUUUUAAUACUGGAAGACUUGCUUUUCUAUAAACUUGAUGAAAAGAUGGAGCUGUUAAAUUAAAACCUUUCGGUGUGUGUGCUUGGCGGAUGCUUGCACUUGAAUACUAACGUUAUUCACAUGCACAUAUUCAGAAUGAAUUUUGCAGCUUGUGUUGGUACCUCAUGUAGCGCUUUGUGAUAACGACUUUUUUUUUUUUUUUAAAUGACUGGUCCUCACACAGCCACCAUAUGCUGGACAGUUACUCAUUUUAUUAUCUAAUGGAAAUAUUUUAUCUAUUGGUAUUUAUUUUUCAUGUUGUAAUCAUUCUAUAGUUGAAUCCCCCAUUAAAGGUUUCUGUGCUUUAAAAUGGAAUUAUUUCUAUAGUAGUAAUUUCAUGUUGAACAAAGUUGGACAAACCAACAGGCAGCAUUUAUAUUUUAAAAUUGCAGUUUACUAAAAUAUUAGUUAUUUGUUGUCGUGCGUGUGUUUUUAAGCAAAUUCUGAUUAAAAACGCAAACAUUCCCACGUGGAAAAAUAAAAUUCCUACAUGUAUUCUGUA